AUAUUACUCAUUACACGCUACGUGUCAGUGCUCGAACUUGUGGAUACAAUCGAGAAGUGGGAGGCCAGAUAUAGACCUCAUAUAGAACAGCUAGAAACGCGGAUCCUCAGGCUCGGGAAAGGUGACCUGGCGCGCGUAUCCGAUCUUGACAAUCCCCAAGUGUCUGAGAGGCUGAAAGUCCAGGAGACGUGUUGGAACUGUGCUAGAAAUGAACAGGCCUUCCCCAACGAGGAAGAAAGCUUCAAGGGAAUUCGCUUACGGACUUUCUCUCGUAAUAUGGUAUGCGCACCCUACGAUAACCAAUUAGUAUCGGAACCUGGUGGAGAUAAAUCCGCAUUUACCUUCCUCUUACCCAAGGACGAUAGCUCUCUGCUCGUCUAUUCUAUCGUCCCCGUGCGCGAGGGAGAUUUUCUAGGUUUUUCGCUGAGUCCCACACACGGUAUUUGCGGUCCUGUCGACAAUCUGUGGCUCGACUAUUCACAAGUCACUAGCACGCUGAACCAAAUGCUCGUCUCCGAACCUGGUGGUUCCGCAAAUUCCAUAAUACCGUUUGAACCUCUCGUUCGUGAGGCUACUCAGCAAGAGCAAUAUCUAUUGCACUCAUCUCCUGAGCAUGCAAAGAGAGGCUUUCUCAAACUUUGUGAAACUGACUGA